GCCGACUCACACGCCCACGUACGGUCACCGCCACCGAACAACCGGGCCAAAGCCCCAGAAGCUGGUAGCGAGCCAGCGAGGCGAUGAAGCUGAAGCCGAUGCCAAUAAUAAAUCCAACGCCCGCGCUCCUUCCUGGCCUCCCCAGCCGCUGCGCUCCUCCUUCCUCCUCCUGCUCUCUCCGCCGCUGUUCUCUCUCGGGCUUCUUCUCUUCCUUCUCCUCCUCCCCCUUCUCCUCGCCUUGUUCCUCGUGUUCUUCCUUUGAGAAGCUCCCGAGGCCCUGUCCGUGGUUCUACUCUUUCCCAAGAAUGGAGCAUUUCUGGACUAGAGGAUCGGUUGAUAAAAACAAAGCACUGGUGGAGCAACUGAAGCAAUAUGGUAUAAUCAGAUCAAAAAAAGUGGCUGAAGUAAUGGAAACCAUUGACAGGGGUUUAUUUGUACCCGAUGGCAGCUCAGCUUAUAUUGAUAGCCCUAUGCCAAUAGGCUACAAUGCAACUAUAUCUGCUCCUCAUAUGCAUGCAACUUGUCUGGAACUUUUGGAGGAGCAUCUCCAACCAGGAAUGCAUGCUUUAGAUGUUGGCUCAGGGACUGGGUACUUGACCGCAUGCUUUGCAAUGAUGGUUGGACCACAAGGCCAUUCUAUGGGUGUUGAACACAUUCCAGAACUUGUUGCUUCUUCUAUUGAGAAUGUUAAAAGAAGUGCUGCAUCAUCAUUGUUGGAUGAAGGUUCCCUCUCUCUGCAUGUUGCUGAUGGAAGGCAAGGUUGGCCAGAACAUGCACCCUAUGAUGCCAUUCAUGUGGGUGCAGCUGCUGCUGAAAUCCCUCAGCCACUGCUUGAGCAACUGAAACCUGGUGGAAGAAUGGUGAUUCCAGUGGGGAACUUCUUCCAGGAUUUGCAGGUGGUUGAUAAGAAGCUGGAUGGCUCCAUCAGCAUUCGAAGUGAAACAUCCGUGCGCUAUGUUCCGCUGACGAGCCGAGCAGCACAACUACAAGACUUCUGAUGCAUGGAGUGCCAUCAACUUUUAGAUGCUGGUAAUAAAUAAUCAACAGAUGAAGAGAUUUCAAUGCAAAGUAUCGUUUCAUCUGUGUUGCAGUCGUGUUAUUAUCUUCAGGUUACAAUGUUGUCUCUUAUGUAUGUGCGUCUCUAAUUUCAUCCUUCUGUAUCUGGUCCUUGAAAAUGGUCUUUAGUAUGUUUGACUUUAAGUUUUACUUUAUAGAAUUAUCUUGUCAUGAUGUUUUGCUAA